AUGUCCAGUCGAUUUGUGCAACGGCAUUGUAUCCGUGGUGGCGCUGAGUUUAAAAGUACAGUGCGUGAGGAGGCGCGUAUGACGGUCUUAGUCCUGUGCCUUAUCGGAGCCUUUUUUACCUGUCAGAGUCCUUUUGUUGUCUACUCUGCCUGCCGAAAGGUGGGUAUUCUGUCAACUCCCAGCAGAGGCCACAGUCUCCUUCGAGCAUUCAUAAUUCUAGCGCUGGCGCUGAAAACCGAUUGCACGUUUGUAUUCCACUGUUGGCUGAACCAACGUUUUGCGUUGGCAAUCCGUCGAAUGCUCUGUUCCUUCUCAGCCAGUAAACGUAAUGUACGAUAUCAUGACUCCUCUGCAGAGAAUUCUGCCAUGAGCAACAUGCUCCAAGAAGAUAGGCAAUUAAUGAACAUUGAUUCGACGAAAGGAGAGAAUCGCAUAAAAUGUCUUCUACGGGAAAUCAAAGGUCCAGCGUUUGAAAUGAAAGAACGAAGGAUUAUCCAGUCGCCCUGCAAGGAGGGAACCCGCCAGUUAAACCUUCAUGCAUCUCGAAUACCAUAUAGUGAGAAAAAUAUGAUGGGCAAACAGUCGCACUUGCAUUUUGUUAUGCCGCCUGUCGACCACGAUGUAAAUGGCUACCAGAAGCAGCCAAAUUCCUUUAAGGCUUUGACUGCUCGUUCCCAUGAAGGGCAACGGACGCAUAAUGGUGGCAACUCCAUUAAAGAACUUUACUCAGACCUCGCAAUGAAUUCCGUAAAUUCAUACACUUUACAAACGGGCAAAGGGUUUUAUGAGCAGACGCAAGAAAAUCCCACUGCAAUGAUGACUCCAGAAAAGAAGAAAAGUCACAACAGAUCACAAAUGCAGGAGGAUUUGAUCGGUCCUCGGUGGUACUCGGAGAAUGACCUGUGUACAUCCUGUACGACUACAGCUUGUUCAUGCAACUCCUUCUGCAACCUGCAUCUUUCCCCUGGUCAUUCAAAAGUGUGCUCGUCACCUUACUGUGGGACUGCCCCAAUUUUCCAGCCAUCCUCUCAAAUACAUAUUCAGUCAACUGCACUAUUUAUUAAUUUUACAAAAAAACGUGCCAGUAUCGAAUAG